AUGGCCAACAACUCAAACAGCGCGGCAUGCUAUGGUGCAACUCCAUCCAAGCCAACUCACAAUUUCACUGAAAACCCACCAACAAGCCACCCGGCCGAUAAGAAGAGUCUCCAAGAUUACCGCCUGCAAUUAUUCAAAGACGGACCCAACAGUGUACCUCUCGUAGAUGAUCGUACACCUAGUUCAGAUGCCUCGGAAGCUUCUCACAAGGCCAAGAUGGCCGCCGAGUUGGAAGCGAUCCUAGCUCGCCUUGGUUAA